AUGAAUUCCCGCGAGCAUUCUGAUAUGCCUCCGACCGCCUCCUACCCGUCCCCCAACGCGGCGCAGAUGGGUCAGGGCGCUAUGCAGUACUACGCGAACCGCCAGUUGACAGCCGACGAGCUCUUAUCCGCUGAGCUAUCCCGCGAAACUUCCGGCCCCGGCCUCGCAGACGGUUCUAGCAAUGGUGUUCAUCAUGGCCAAUCGAUGGUCUUGGGGUCCUCGAACCCUGGUGGCGGUGAUAUGGGCCGUCCUUCGUCUCCGGACCAGCAUCAACAACAACAUAUGCUACAGUUCACCCCCAGCCAGCAAGUCGGUGUCGACCCAAAUCACGACUUAAGUUACGGAGACCAGAGCGCGAGGAGAAAAAGAUCCAAGAUUUCUCGCGCCUGCGACGAAUGCAGACGCAAGAAGGUUCGCUGUGAUGCAAGCUCUGAAUCUGGCGUGGAAACCUGCUCGAACUGUCGCCGACUUGGGGUUGUCUGUCAAUUCAGUCGCGUCCCCAUGAAGCGUGGCCCCAGCAAAGGUUACAUCAAGGAGCUUGCAGAGCGUCUUCACACCCUUGAAAGUCAAAUGCAGCCUGCGAUGGUUCACCCCGAUAUGCCGUAUCAACCUAUGAACGAAGUGUCGUCACCCAGGGCUUAUCAAGACUUCUCGCCACCAAUGGAUGCAGGCUCCAUCGGACGCAAGCGGACCUAUUCUGUAUUCGAAGGACUUCCCAGCUCCUCUUUCACACAGCCGCAGUUCAAUUCUCGCUCUCAGAAUGCUUUCGGAGAAACCUCAACCGAUCCGUACAACCCGUCCGCUGUGAGCGGUACAGCACCAAAACCCGGUAACUUAUUCUGGACGACUGGUAAUGAGACGGAGUUGCCACAUGGACUAGAGAUGCCAGAAGUACCUAAGCAAGCUAUGGAAGAAGACAUGACUCCCUUGGACGUGGAUGAGGGAUCCCUCAACGCUUAUUAUCAAAAGAUCCAUCCCGUCUUUCCUAUCUUGUCACACUCCAAGGAACGUCUACUCGAGAUUCUACACCAGUGCAGCCGUGAGGUGCAGGAGAUUUUCCUUUACAGUUUGUACACUGUGACGCGCACCAACAUGGAUCGCGUUAUAAGCACCUUCGAAAGGGUCACGUCAUUUGAUAAUGCACAAGACCUUCUCUUGUACUAUACCCGACAGCCAGCUUUGGCCCGGCCGACAGGAGUUAACCUGAUCUGGUUACAGACCAUGUUACUAAUGAUUCUCGAUUGCGAUUCUCGGGGACCAGACAACUUUGUUCUCAAGGACGGCGUACCUAAACAUUCCCUGAUUCAGUCUGCCAGCAAACUCGGCUCCGAUUUGGCCAAGGGUCUCGGCCAGCUCAAAAGCAAGCGUUCUUCAGACCCGGAUGUUGAUUCAGAGGCAAACCUUGUACGUCGCAACUGGGUGGCCUUGGCAAUUUUGUCUCGCUGGCAUGCGAUCAGCGUAGCUGACCCAAGUAUUCUUGGAACGUAUGAAAUUGGUGGCCGUGAGGAUGAAAGAGUUGUUGGCCCAGUUACCACUGGCAUUGGAUCGUACUCUACGUUCCUUGUGGAAAUGGUCACACUAGGCGCCAUCGAGAAUAAUGUUUGCCAAACAAACACUGGCUUGGGCCGUAUGGUCGGGGCAAACAUGGUAGCAUCUCUUGAGCGUCUGACCCAAGUCGACGAUUUCCACAAAUCAAAUGAGACCUUGGAAAGUACAGCAUCUCAAAGCUUCCUUGAGAGUCUACAAAGCCAACUUGAGUGGACCAUCCGGUUGCUGAUCAAACGCCACAUAUACGUCUACAGUCCCUACGAAAUAAUUCACAGCGCUGUGGAAGUCAUCAAUGAGCUCCACAACUCGAACGCACAGUCUCGUCUUACAACGCCAUUCGAUCUUCACAGCUUAGCUUUAGCCUCUAUGACUCUGCUGGAGGCUACCGUCAUUCCAGAGCAUGCAAACGAGUGCUGGGAUGCGUUGAAAAGGGUCGAAGAAAUUCUUGACUAUCGCGCGAAGCGAAGCGCUGAAGCAACUGAGUUCAGCGAUAUCUUUGCCACCCCUGGCUGGGAUUCCAAGAUCCGGAUAUUCUUGGAAUGGAGACGGACCAAGUCCCAAGAGAGCCAGCUCCAGGAUCCCAGCCUGGCCAAGAGCGGCUCUGCAGCUCCCCCGGUUAUGGGUCCGAACGAACAACGGUCCCUCCAGCACCUGGCAGAUCUUGCUGUAGGUGCUGAAGGCACCGUGGCUGCCAACUCUGGAUCCCCACCCCCUGGGCUCUCGACCGAGAGCAAUCUGAAUGCUACCUCGCCGAAUCUUACGUCUGUCUCGCAACCGCAGGGUCGCGUUGUGGUUGACUUUACUCUCCUCACCAAAGAGGGAUAUCUCAACGUCUUUUCGGGUUUAAUCUACCGUCGAUCUCGCUGA